AUUUGGCCCGACUAUUAGUUUAUUGCUGACACGGAAAUAUUCCAUGUAAAUUUAUCGAUAUCAUCUUUCCUGUGCGCGUGCGUCUAAGUCGAGGCAACUAACAAUGUCGUCAGAAACACAGGACAAUAGUCUCUCAGAGGAACAGAUAGCAGAGUUUCGAGAGGCUUUCUCGCUAUUCGACAAAGAUGGCGACGGUGACAUCACAACGAAAGAGCUUGGGACCGUGAUGAGGUCCCUUGGGCAGAAUCCGUCAGAGUCUGAACUCCAGGAGAUGGUCAAUGAGGUGGACACAGAUGGGAAUGGCACUAUCGACUUUGAGGAGUUCCUGGCCAUGAUGGCCAAGAAGAUGCGGGACGCUGACAGCGAGGAGGAGAUACGGGAAGCGUUCCGAGUGUUCGAUAAGGAGGGCAAUGGCUUCCUGAACGCUGCCCAGCUAAAGGUGGUCAUGGCCAACUUGGGGGAGAAGCUGACCGAAGAGGAAGUGGACGAGAUGGUCCGGGAGGCGGACUUGGACGGAGACGGCGUCGUCAGCUACGAAGAAUUUGCCAAAAUCAUGGCUACAUUCUGAUGUUCUUAAACCUCGGAACUAUAUCUCUAUUAACCGUUGUGCCAUGAGUUACGUGAUCAGGAUAGAUGACAUGAGGACCUACUGUACCUUGGACCCAGGACAUGUGGUAGUUCGUGAGAAAGACAGCAGUCCACUGGACGAUUGUAAUCUGAGGUCUAAUUGGUCUCUCUAGCUGUCCUUGAAGGACAUUGUAUAAUGAAUGAUGUGGCAGGACCUUGAUUGAAUGAAGUUAGCAACAUUGAGACACUAUUUUAGUAACAGUCUCAAAGAUAGAU